ACGAAGUGUGAGGUUUUGCGUCCUGCCAACUACCCCCGGACUACUCCCUCGCAAAGGCAGUACGUACUGUAACUACAGCACAUACCCACCCUCCACCCACUCUGACCCAUCACUGGCACUCCUCCUCCCGCAAAAUGGACCCCCUCCUAGCCACCCUCUCCCAGACCCUCUCCAACCUGCACACCUCCCGCCAUCUCCGCCCAACCUCAGCCACCGACAGCAUAACCAACGACCCACUCUACAUCUCCCUCACACGCACCGUCGACGACCUCGAGAGGCGGGUCGCGAAAUUAUCCGCCGCUGUUGAGAGGGAGAGGGUGGUGAUUGAGAGCGGGAGGGAGGUGCUUGGGCGGUUGGAAGGGGUUCGGGAAUGUGUGGGGCAUAUGGCGGGGAAUGUUCCGGUGGGGGUGCCGCUGGGACGGCGGAGGGAGGAGGGGAAGACGAGGGUGGUGCUUGCGGAGAUGGAGAAUCAUGGGGAGGAGGGGGCUGGAAGAGGGGAUACGAAGGAUGCGAGGGCGAAGGAGACGGCUGCACCACCACCGCCCGCGCAAGUGAAGAAAACGGUCAACACGACGAUUGCACCAGUCACGGUGGCGGAAUUCGAGUCGUUGCCCAAAUACCAAGUCGGCCGCCUGACCCUCCCCAAACUCAACACCCUAAUCUCCGAAUUCACCCUCCUCCUCCACGACAAACACACCCUCCUCUCCCUGCCCCCCUCAAAAAUGACCAAACCCCAACGCGACAUCUUCUGGGAGCACAAAAAACACCACACCCCCGAAACCAAGGGCAAGAUGUUUAUCACGGAGAAGGAUGUCGCCAGGGAUAAGGAGGUGUUUAGUAAGAGUGCGUUUAGGUUGGAUCCGAUGGGGAGGAGUGUUGUGGCGAUUAUGAGGGCACUGGGCAGGAUUAGGGAGGUUAGGGGGGGCGGGUGUACGCGGAUGGUGGUUUUGUAGGGGU